AUGGCGACCACCGUGGCCAUCCUCUGCCACGAAAUCCCUCAUGAAAUGGGUGAGACGUCACAAGUCACAGAGCAGUGGCUCAAAGGUUGUUGGCAUUGGGUGGCAGCGUUGUUGUUCUUCUCUGGGUCCCUUUGUCGAACCAAAACCAAACAUGACUUGAGUAAUAUUUGUCCCAGUUGUGAAGAACUGAACACGCUGGUCCCAAAUGAAUUAAAAUAGCAUCUUCUUCUCCUUCUUUCUCCAUCUCAGGUGACUUUGCGGUGUUGCUCAUCUCAGGUCUCUCCGUGAGGAAUGCAGUGAUGAUGAACUUACUCAGUGCUCUGACUCCAUAAACACAGUGCUCUGACGGCCUCUUCGUCUCCUCAGAACCAGAGGUCCAGCAGUGGAUCUUCACGGUUACCACGGGGAUCUUCCUCUAUCUCUCACUGGUAGAGAUGGUGAGACUGGGCUACUGCUGUUCUUAGUAAAACACACUGAUAGGUAGGGACAGGAGUUUGACCAGACCGUGUGUCCCACUGAUCAGUCAGCUCACACAGUCAAGAAAAUCUUCUGGCCCUAUUGAUAGGUAAUAGAUUGUUUCAAUUCACAGGUGAUUUGUGAUAGAGAGAUGUACUCAAACUCCCAGACCCUCAUUUCUCCUUCUCCUCCCCUUUCUGUCUCUCAGCUUCCAGAGAUGAGUCGUGUGAAGACCAACAGGCCCUGUCUCAUGUUCCUUCUGCAGAACCUUGGCCUCCUAAUGGGCUGGGCCUGCCUCCUGCUCCUCGCCCUGUUGAGCACAAACUCA